AUUCAAUUUCGCGGGUGCUAAGAAAGGCUUUUUAGUUUUUCUUUUUCCUUAACUCACUCACUAUAUCCACCACCUCCACACGGCGGCGAUUCCUUCACCGGUAACUUCUCCGGCAAUGGACUCUGCAACUUUCGGCAUCACCAGUUAUUAUUCUCCUCACUUCAACAACAACAACAACAAGCUUACCAGCCCUAACCAUACCACCAGACUCCGUCUCCCAUUAUUCAAACCCGUCAACUUCGAUAUUCAUCCUUCUUCUCCACCAAUUUCAAUUUCUACAAACCCUAGAUCCACUUUUUCAUGCUCCGCCGUUACUGUCACUCCUGUCACAUCUGCGAAUUCAAAGCUUCAAACUCUCGCAGCCGAAUUCAAUUCCAUAUCCGAGCCGAUUGACCGCGUCAAGCGGCUUAUCCAGUGCGCGAGCCAGCUGCCGCAGCUCGACGAAUCACUUAGGGUUCCGGCGAACCGAGUGAUGGGAUGCACGGCGCAGGUGUGGCUCGAUGUGAGGAUGGAUUCAGACGGAACGAUGAGGUUUUUGGCGGAUAGUGAUUCGGAGAUUACGAAAGGGUUUUGUUCGUGUUUGAUUUCGGUGCUCGAUGGAGCGACGCCGGAGGAAGUUUUGGGGAUGAAGACGGAAGAUUUGGGGGAUUUGAAUGUUGCUGGUUUGCAUGGAACCAAGGUUGAUUCUAGGGUUAAUACUUGGCAUAAUGUGUUGGUUAGUAUGCAGAAAAGGACUAAAGCUCUUGUGGCGGAGCGGGAAGGGAAGCCGGUUGGGGAAGUGUUUCCGUCGUUGGUGAUUACCGCGGAAGGUAUUGGCGCGAAAGGGAGUUUCGCUGAGGCUCAGGCAAGGUUUUUGUUCCCUGAUGAUGCAAAGGUUCAAGAGCUUGCCAGUUUGUUGAAAGACAGGCAAGUUGGCAUUGUUGCACAUUUUUACAUGGAUCCGGAGGUGCAAGGUGUUUUAACAUCUGCACAGAAGCUUUGGCCCCACAUUCAUAUAUCGGAUUCGUUGGUUAUGGCAGACAGUGCUGUUAGCAUGGCAAAAGCAGGAUGCAAAUUCAUUGCUGUUUUAGGGGUAGAUUUUAUGUCAGAAAACGUUCGUGCAAUUCUUGAUCAGGCAGGUUUUCCUGAGGUUGGUGCCUACAGGAUGUCUGAUGAACAAAUCGGCUGCUCAUUGGCUGAUGCUGCGUCGAGCCCUGCAUACACGAGUUAUCUCUCGGAAGCUUCUAAUUCUUCUCCUUCCUUGCAUGUUGUCUACAUUAACACUUCUUUAGAAACAAAAGCUCAUGCACACGAGCUCGUGCCUACAAUUACAUGCACUUCUUCUAACGUCGUACAAACCAUCUUACAGGCCUUUGCGGAAGUACCAAACUUGAACGUAUGGUAUGGCCCGGAUUCUUACAUGGGUGCAAACAUCGUUGAGUUAUUUCAGCAGAUGACAUUCAUGACAGAUGAAGAAAUAGCCAAGAUACAUCCGGAACACACUAGAAACUCAAUCAACUCAUUGUUACCUCGGCUGCAUUAUUUUCAGGAUGGAACAUGCAUUGUCCAUCAUCUCUUUGGGCACGAAGUUGUGGAAAAGAUUAAGGACAUGUAUUGCGAUGCGUUUCUUACCGCUCAUUUCGAAGUCCCUGGUGAAAUGUUCUCUUUAGCCAUGGAAGCUAAGCGAAGAGGAAUGGGGGUGGUGGGGUCCACCCAAAACAUACUAGAUUUUAUAAAAAGUAGGGUACAAGAGGCACUCGAUAGAAACGUUGAUGAUCAUCUUCAGUUUGUAUUAGGAACAGAGUCGGGAAUGGUGACCUCCAUUGUUGCAGCUGUUCGUCAGUUAUUAUGUUCUUCAGAAUCCUCUUCUAGGACCGGGAAAAUUAGCGUGGAGAUAGUUUUUCCGGUUUCAUCAGAUUCGGUUACCCGAGUUUCGCAAAAGUCGGAUGAUGGUUUGAAUGUUUCUGUAAUACCUGGUGUGGCAAGCGGUGAAGGGUGUUCUCUUCAUGGUGGCUGUGCAUCUUGUCCAUAUAUGAAGAUGAACUCUCUUACUUCACUUCUCAAAGUAUUGACUAGCCUACCCCUCGGUAAAGAUGGUCUUACCCAAUACGAAGCUGGACGCUUUAGUUUGCUUACACCAAAAGGGAAAUUAAUUGCAGAUGUAGGUUGUGAGCCGAUCUUGCAUAUGAGACACUAUCAGGCAACAAAAAAACUGCCAGAGAAGCUCGUUUAUCAGAUGCUUGGUACUGCGAAGUGCUAACAAUGGAAGAUCCACAUAAUGUCUACAUAUUUAAGGGUUAAAUAAUCCAUCUGUUGUAAAGAUGGCAAAUACUUGGUGAUCCGAGCGUUUUAAGCUCAUCGGACUAUUAAAGUUACUUUAUAGACCACACGAGUAUACGUCUAGUUUUGUUUUUACCUGAUCCCAAA